AUGACUAGUUUGGACGAUAGUAUCAUUUCUGAUCAAAAUUUAAUGUUGUUAGACAACGUAACAAAUUAUACAAGAGCUUCAGUUGAUUAUUUUCAUCAUAGUUUCGAUUACAAUAAAUUAGAAAUGUCAGAAACUUGGGCUUUAUUAUUAAAAAUGAGAAAACAUAAAUUGUUACGUUUGCCAUCAUGUUCAUCAGAAGAUGACGAUGAUUAUUCGAUGUAUUUGAAAAGAUUACACCAUUGUCUUUGGAGACGUUGGGCUAUUCAUGAAUUUCAUUUGCAAGAUAAAAAACUUGAUCCUUUAGUGAUUAAUUGGAAUAAAGAAACUGAUGUUACUGUAUUAUAUGGUCCUUCUCUAUCAAAGGACAUAGAUCAACAAAAACAAGAAGAAUCUAAAACUGUCGAAAUUCCUUCAUUUAGUUCACAAGAUUCAGAUGAAAUUAAAAGUGUUCAUUCUGAUACAAAUUUAGAUUAUUCUUCUUCUUAUGAUAGUUACUCUUCUUCAGUUGAAUCUCAAACUUCUUCGAUUUUUGAUUCUCCUUCAAUUCUAAAGACUAAUCAUACGAAUAAUAAUACUUCUUCUUCUAUGAAGAAAAGUUUGAAAUUCAAUUCUUUGGUUCAUAGAAGAGAUAUUAAUCAAAGAGGCCAAUUUAUUGAGUCUGAUAUUAAAAUUAAUGAUAUAGAUUCUCAAAUGGAUUCAUAUACAACUUCAUUACAUCACAAUUCAGGAUCUUAUCAUUAUUAUGAUUUUAAUUCAAAAGCAGAACAAAAUACAUUAUUAUUUGAUGACGAUGACGAUGAAAAUUAUAUUACUACUUUUAAUGACCAACAAUCAGAUUCCUCUAGCCAUCACCAUCACCACCAUCAUCACCAUCAUCAUACUCAUAACCAUGUACGUACAGCUGUACGCCAUUGA